AUGCAAAUCUUCGUCAAAACCCUUACGGGUAAAACCAUCACCCUCGAGGUUGAGUCAUCCGACACCAUCGACAAUGUCAAGUCCAAGAUCCAAGACAAGGAAGGUAUCCCUCCCGACCAACAACGAUUGAUCUUCGCUGGUAAACAAUUGGAAGAUGGACGAACCCUUUCGGACUACAACAUCCAAAAGGAAUCCACUCUCCACUUGGUCCUUAGAUUGAGAGGUGGUAUGGCUAAGAAGAGAAAGAAGAAGAACUACACCACCCCCAAGAAGAUCAAGCACAAGAGAAAGAAGGUCAAGAUGGCCAUUCUCAAGUACUACAAGGUCGGGUCUGAUGGUAAGAUCCAACGACUCAGACGAGAAUGUCCUGCCCCCACCUGCGGUGCCGGUGUCUUCAUGGCUUGGCACAAGGACAGACAAUCCUGUGGUAAAUGUGGUCUUACCUACACUUUCGAGCCCGGAACCAAGCCUACCGCUGCUUAA